UUUUAAUUGGCCGGCGGUUCUCCAAUCACCAGGAGAUCCCCUCCUCGGAGAAGAUGGUCAUUACACCCCGACCGUGAACAUAAAUAGUGAACAGAACAAGUACAGAGCACAAAAAUAUUUGAUCAUCAAUAAUAAUUGGAGCCAGAUUAUUUUAAUACUUAAUAAUGGCUGACGAAUCAUUUGAUGUCUGCGAAUGCAUUUGGAAUUACAAUGCAAUGCAACGAUUACUGUCAUUGUUGCGGCAAACGCAGGCAUACUGUACUGAUAACGAGUGUUUCAACUUGACAAAUCUCCCGGGACCAGAAGGGAGUCAGGGGAAUUCGGAUUUCCUGUUCAUUGGAAUCGCGUUUUUCGCGAUGACGCUCAUGUACUUGUUCAGACCGAACUCGAUGCGUCAGGGGUACGGAGAGGAUGUCAAGCCACGGAAUUUAACUGGCCCCAAUGAUGAUCCACCAGCACCGCCGCCAAUAAAUUAAUAAAAGUAAAUCAGCAGUUAAUUUCGGGCUUUCAUUAAAUCCAAUUAUACAUUAUAACAAAACUAAUUAUUUAAAACAAUCAAUUUAAAUUUUCAAUCACUAAAAAAUUUAAUUUCAAGUAUCUAAUACUUUUACGGAAAAAUAACUGUGGGAAAAUUGCAGUUUCAAAUCUCAGUCUCUACUCCGAAACUAAAAAUUAAAUUAUUUUUGAACCGUAGUAAUUACUACAGUUCUAAAGACUUUUUUCUUCAUGCGUUUCAUUCAUAGUAAAGUUCCUUCAAUUAAAAAUCCACCAGAAACUUAAAUUUUUUAUCUAGUAAAUUUUAUUGACUCGAACUUUUAGUCUACAGAGCGGAAAUUUUUUUAAAUUUCCAAGUUAACGGAUUCCCCUUCUCCUGGAAAAUGUAAACUAUCGCGCAUGCGCUCUUACAUUACAUGUAUGGCGCAUAUAUAAAUAUACGCACACAUACAAAUUUAUAGCAACGAGUGGGGGUCAAGAUUUAGGGGAAGUUCCCAGAUAAUGGAAUCCGAGGUUCGGCUGUACUUGAAAUUUUUUUUGAGGCCCCUGUUUUUGUACUGAAAAUUGUCAUUUUUCCACUGCUUUUUUCCGUGUCGUUGAUUAAAUUUUUUUUUUUUAUAGUGAUGUAUAAUUUGGUUUAAAAAAAAAUUAAAUAUUUCGUCUCCGCACAAUUACUAAAUAAUUACUGUUUUUUAUUAUAAUUAUUGAUAUUGAUAUUGAUAUUAAAUAAUAAUAAUAAGUAACGAAAAUAUAUAUUAUAUAAAUAUAUUUUUAAAUUGUAAAGUUGGAAUAAUGUGAAUACUAAUGUAUAAAUUAAGAGAAAAUUAAUUAACUAAACUAGAAGUAUGUAAUAAUUAUUCGAGUGGAAUUUUAUUGUAAAAAAAUGUUAUUGUAGGAAAGAGAGAGUUUAAUACGACUAAAAAUAAAUUAAAACAUUCCAGGUUUGCAAUAAAGAAUUUAAAAAAAAAAAUUAAUUAAUUA